AUAUUGUAUUAAAUGAUGGCUUAUUGCUUUGCAGGCAGCGGCUCCUUUGGCGACAUCUAUCUGGGCAUGAGCAUCCAGAGCGGCGAGGAGGUGGCCAUCAAGAUGGAGAGCGCUCAUGCCCGGCAUCCCCAGCUGCUGUACGAGGCGAAACUGUACCGUGUGCUGAGCGGAGGCGUUGGAUUUCCGCGAAUCCGUCAUCAUGGCAAGGAAAAGAACUUUUACACUUUGGUCAUGGAUCUGCUCGGGCCAUCGCUGGAGGAUCUGUUCAACUUUUGCACGCGCCACUUUACCAUUAAGACCGUACUGAUGCUGGUCGACCAGAUGAUCGGCCGUCUAGAGUAUAUACAUCUCAAGUGUUUCAUCCAUCGCGACAUCAAGCCGGACAACUUUCUGAUGGGCAUCGGACGGCAUUGCAACAAGCUGUUCCUCAUUGACUUUGGCCUGGCCAAGAAAUAUCGCGACGCCCACAGUCGCCUGCAUAUAUCGUAUCGCGAGGAGAAGAACCUAACGGGCACAGCCCGCUAUGCCUCGAUCAAUGCCCAUUUGGGCAUCGAGCAGUCCCGUCGCGACGACAUGGAGUCGCUUGGCUAUGUGAUGAUGUACUUCAAUCGGGGCGUGCUGCCCUGGCAGGGCAUGAAGGCCAACAAUAAGCAGCAGAAAUAUGAUAAAAUCUCUGAGAAAAAGAUGUCCACGCCCAUCGAGGUGCUCUGCAAGGGCUCACCGGCCGAGUUCUCCAUGUACUUGAACUAUUGUCGUAGCUUGCGUUUCGAUGAACAGCCCGACUACAUGUACCUACGUCAAUUGUUCCGCAUUUUGUUCCGAACGCUGAACCAUCAGUAUGACUACAUCUAUGACUGGACAAUGCUGAAGCAGAAGACCCACCAGGGUCAGCCGAAUCCCGCCUUGAUGCUGGAACAGUUGGAGCCACGCAACGAUCGCGAUAAGGAGAAAGAGAAACCGAACUGCAAACCUCCCAUCACCGAGUAAUUCAGCUGAAAGGCAGAUAAAUAAUAAUAAUAAUAAUAAUAAUGCAAAU